AUGACAGGGCGUUGGAGGCGUGAUAGGGUACCACGUGACAUGGCUCGUAAAUUCGGCUUGCCAUAUUUGAGGUGGCUUUGCUUAUUUACGAUGGGAGAGAGUUGGCACAACAACCACCACGCGUUUGAGUCAUCGGCGAGGCAAGGAUUGGAGUGGUGGCAGCUGAUAGAUAUCACUUGGUACCUCAUUCGACUACUUGAAGUUCUUGGUUUAGCGACUGAUGUGAAAUUGCCUUCAGGAUUUCAGAAGCAGAAAUUGGCUCUCCCUGGUUGA